AUGGCCGCCCUCGAGCAGAAAACAGUGAAGAGGAAGGCGGAUGACGACGGCAGCAAGAAGAAGAGAAAGAAGGUGCGCGAGGACGAGGCCGACCUCGAUGUCGAAGCCGGCCUGAACAGGGCCUUUGAGCGCAUGGACAGCCAGCUUCUGGCCGACCACAUCGCCCAGAAGACGAGCCGCUUUGGCACAGACCUGAGUCCCAUCGAGCUGUCGGAUCUGUACAUUUCAGCGACGGCUAUCAAGGACACCACUUCCUGGCAGAAGCCGCGGUCGCAGAAUAAUUUGCCUGACUUCCUCGAGGCUUUCUCCGAGAACCCGGAGAAGCUCCAGUCGGCCCCGAGGAAGCUGGGGGCGCCGCACACCAUCAUCGUAGCCGCAGCAGGCCAGCGCGCCGCCGACCUCGUCAGAUCCGUCAGGACGUUCCAGCAAAAAGGAAUCCCUGUGGCGAAGCUGUUCGCCAAGCACUUCAAGGUAGAAGAGCAGGUCGCAUUUCUCAAAAAGACGCGGACGGGAAUUGCAGUCGGCACGCCGCAGCGCUUGAUCGACUUGAUCGAUGACGGCGCCCUGUCUAUUGAGCAUCUGAAGAGGAUCGUGAUUGAUGCCUCGCACAUCGACCAGAAGAAGCGAGACAUCACUAACAUGAAGGAGACGAUGCUGCCGCUGACAAAACUGCUCUCGAGAAAGGACCUCAAGGACAAGUAUGCGAACGAGGAGAAGCCUACGGAAUUGAUAUUUUAUUAA